ACCCACCCAGGGUGAGCAGCGCCCGCACCGCGGGGAGAAUGCCCAGGGCUGAGCCCCCCUCCCGCAGAGCCUCCGCCCCGGCACUUACAGCAGGAUCUCCUGCUUGUUCAGGAAUGUCAGCUCCUGCGAGGAGAGCGCGGUCAGCCCGGGGGUCCCGAGGGGAGCUGCUCCGUCCCGGCCCCCGCCGCAGCCCUGGACUCUCCCCGUUCCCCGGGUCCCACCGAUCCCGGAGCUCCCUCAGACCCGGGACCACAGAUUCCUCAUCCCUCGGUCCCCACCUCCACCCGGUGGUCCUUCCCCUCCGCCCCCCCCCCCCCCCCCGACGCGGCACCCCCCCCACCUGGUACUCCCCCAGCGCCUCCUGUGGCAGCAGACUGCUGGAGCCCCCCAUGGCGCCCGGAGCCGCUUCCGCCCCGCACGUCACUCCGCCCCUCCCGUGGCAACGUCCCGCCCCGGGGUGGGUACGCGCUGCACGUAGCACCGUCCCCGGCCCCGCGCGGCACCCGCUGGGAGCGCAGGUUCCCCGUGGCACCGAACAUGGCAGCAGGGACCAGCGAGCACCAAGAGCAGCCGGGGCCGCAGGACGCCCUUCAGCCCGAGGACUUGGUGUACCACGAGGAUGAGUUCAUCCUGGAGGGAGUCGCCUGGCCGGGCACCACGCUAUCCCACUUCGACCGGGCGCUGCUGGGGGCCUGGCAGGAGCGCAUGGCGCGGGGGCUGUUCCGGUACCACCUGGCGGAGCUGCCCACCCGUGUGCUGCCCGGCCCCAUGCGUCUGCUGGCCCAGCUCAACGUGCAGCGCGGCACUGAGCGCAGGCGGCCGCAGGCAGUGCACAGCCUGACGCAGCCUUUCGACCCCCGGCAAUUCAACUUCACGCAGAUCCGCCCCGGGGAGGUGCUGCUGCGCCUGCAACGGAGACCCCCGGCUGAGAGCGACCUCGCAGCCACGGACCACGUGCUGGUGGUGAUCAACGUCAGCCCCCUGGAGCGCGGCCACGUGCUGCUGCUGCCGGAGCCGACGCUGCACCUGCCGCAAGUGCUCACCCCCGAGCUGCUGCGCGUAGGGCUGGAGGCCGUGCUGCUCAGCGCCCACCCCGGCUUCCGCGUGGGCUUCAACAGCCUGGGGGCCUCCGCCUCCGUCAACCACCUGCAUCUGCACGGCUUCUACCUGGCCCACCCGCUGCUGGUGGAGACGGCGCCGGCCGAGCCGCUCUGCCCCUCGCGGGGGCUCAGCCUCCUGCACGAGGCCCCGGCGCCGGCGCUGCUCUUCUACACGGCGGGCGCCGGCCUGGAGGCGCUGGCCCGGGACGUGUGCAGGGCGGCUGCCCGCCUGCUGGCCAUGGGGCUGGCCUACAACGUGUUCGUGACGCGGGGCGCCCCGCCGGAGGGCUCGGCCGGGCCCGGGCCUGGCGCGGGGCUGCGGCUGCUGCUGUGGGCCCGGAGGCCGCGCUUUGAGGCCGAGGAGGGCGCGCCCUUCAACGUGGCGCUGUGCGAGCUGGCCGGACACCUGCCCGUGGCCGCGGCCGCGGCCUUCGAAGAACUCGGCGAGGCCGAAGCGCUGCGCGCCAUCCGCCAACCCCUGUUGCCGGAACCGGAAAUGCGCCGCCUCGCUGCUGAGCUGGCGCGGCUGCUGGAGGACUAAGCCCCGCGGGCACUGCCCGCAGGGGGCGCGGCGGGGCCCUGCCAGCCAAUGGCGAGGUGCGGCGGGUGCGACCACGCGACCGGGCGGGAGCCGCUCUAGCUGGCUGUGCCGAACUCUCUAUGGUCGAGCGGAGACCGCUGCCCCGUCGCCAUGGGAACGGCGGCGGUCUCGAGCGGCGCCAUGGAGGCGGGCGGCGGCGGCCCGGGGGCGGCAGCUCCGAGCCGAUCCGCUGCCCCCGGGCACGAGCCCGGAGCUGCCGCCUCCAGCCCGAGACCGCGAAAGAAGCGGAGGAAGUGCAGGCGAGUGCGGCGGGGGGAGGCGGCCCGAGCGGUCCGCGGCCCCGGGACGGCCUGCCCGAUCCCGCAGCCCUCGGCCUGUGCCCGUCUGCGUGUCCGUCUGUCUUUGUGUCUGCCUGGUGAGAGCUGUGCUGCCCGGGCCGUGUUGCACACAUAAAGCCUGUCUGUGUGCACGCACCGCAUUCCUGUGUCUGUUGUGGGGUCCGCAGGCGGAGCAGCCCGGGGCUUUUUGUGCCUGGGGGUGGCCGGGCCUGCACCGCUCGGGCCCGGGCUCCUGCGGGCGGGUCGGAGCCCGAGGAGGAAUGCGAACUGCCCCAAGCGUGGUGCGUCCUCCAGAGGAAGGGCGCGGGCUCAGGACCCGUUUGCCACAUAGCCCGUGGUAAUGGGUCAGAUUUGGCAGUCAGCUCUGUGGGGUAUGAGUAACACACGAAUGUGGCGGAAGGCAGUUGUCUUCUUUGUGCCCACUCCCCUUGGAUGUGGUCUGGUCACCUCACUGAGCAGCUCUUGUGUUGUCUCUUUCAAUUCCAGCAUCCCAUCCAUUAACCUGACCAGCUGCAAGUACGAGAGCGGUAAGUCCGAGGAUGUGGCCCUUUGGAUCGAGCCCACCCACAGCAAGCCAUGCAGGUGGCUGUUCAGCCACUGAGGAGUGCUGGUAUUGAAUUUCUCCUGCAGAGUCACUUCUGUGUUAUGUGUUUACUGUUUGUAAGCGACUUGGAUCCCUGUGGAGGUUCUACGCUUCGGGCUGAGGAGCUCUGUGCUUUAAAGAGACCCAAAGUACAUAGCAGCAGUGCAAGUCCUCACCACCCUGUACAUCUCUAUGACCCACAUCUCUGCUAAAAUUGUUGGGAAGGGUUUCGCCAGAGGCAGUUACAAUGCAGGACUGGUACCUGUGCUUGGGGAAAUGAAGUGAGAGCUACAGACAGUUAAAGUUGAAGCAGGUGGUGCAGCAGGCUGGAUCAGUACCUGCGAUAUCUCUUUGAUAUUCAUGUCGAAUGACAUCCUCUGGGUAGCUGCUUCAUGCUCGUGUCUCACUCUUCUUUGCUGCCACAAGCUGUUUCUCAAAAGAACAAUUUGAUGGAUGUUAUUAGUCAAUUUGCUAAUGACUACUCUAGCAUUACUGCCAUGUUUGCAUUGCUAAAGGUCGCAGCCUUGUCAGCUGUGUGAGGAAUGCUGUUUUCAUGCAGAGUGACACGUGUUUCACCUGCGGCCAUGCUCAGGCACUUUGGUGAUGGGAGUUAGAUGACAAUCCACGACAGAACAUGGUGUGGCAAUGUGAGCUCUGUAGGAACCAGGACAGUUUCAUGCCCACCUCCAGUGCUCUGGUGCCCAGCGCUGCUCUUUGUGGUGCUGCUAUGCUAUGCUUGGUCAGCCCAGAAUAAGCAACAAGGCAACAGCCAAUGCAUGGCGGCAGGGUUAUGAUAGAGGAGGGCUCUAACAGCCUCAAUGGCAUGUGGGCUGUUGGGCAGUUUUGGCCACCUGGCUGUGAGUGUGUGGAAAGACAGAGGCUUCUGACUUUGAGGUGCCCCUUGUGUUUUCUGGCUGGCCUCAGUUUCAUAGCAUGGUUCCUUCAUCAGCCCCUCAGCUCUAUAAGAGGACAAAUUCAGAAUUGGCGCCAACACUAAUCAUUCCAACAACAACCUUCCACCCAAAGCUCGUGCAUUCUGCUACUGAUUAGCCUUUGGUUUUGAAGGUGAAACUAACACCUUUCAAAGACUUGUGUCUGGCUGUUUGGCAUCAAACCCAGGGCAGAUUCAAGCCUGCUGUAGUCUAGGGGAUGUUCUGGAACCCCAAGGCAAAUGGACUUGCAGGGCCGAUGGUUCCCAGUAUACCUGCAGGCAGAGGCUGUGGCAAGUUUAGCUGGAUAGAGUUUGUGUUUCUGAUGUCUCCUGAAGGGUCCUGCUUAGACCUUAUCACCGCUGAGGGUAGCAGUGCAGCUUGAAGAGUUUUGCCUACCCUCCUGUUUACUCUGGGGAUUUAACUGUCCCUGGCAUUUGUAUCUUCUUCCUGGACCUUUGUCAUGUGCUUCCUUCCACACAGUGCGUCGUGCUGCACUAUGCUGUGGGCUGAAAGAAGUGGGAGAAAACGAGGACUGGACGGUGUAUUGGACUGACUAUUCAGUCUCUCUGGAACGUGUCAUGGAAAUGAAACGGUUUCAGGUAAAUACCCCAUGAAAAGGGUGCCCAGCAGGAAGAGCUCAGGAGCGGAAGAUGAGACGGAGCUGUUAAUGGAACAAACUGUUGCAGAACAAAACUGAUGUGUCUAAAACUAGCACUUGUGCCCCACAUUCUCUGUGUCGGUCCCAGAGUACACAGGUUCAUCAGUCACUGCUUCUGUUGUGUCUCUGUAGCAGUGCCAUCAGUAACAGUCUGACAGUCAGUGGGGAGUUGGAAAGCUGCCAGCCCCUUUAAUGUAGAGUGAAAUAAAUGACUCUUGCUGACUAACUGCUU